AUGAGCUAUGAAAGUUCGAACCAGCUAACCAGUGAACAGAUCCUCAAAGAUGCAUACGAAAACAAGGACAGACCAUUGGAGCGUCCUAAGCAAUCCAUCCAAGAUUUGGACGAGUUAAGAUCCUUCCAACUAGCUAAGCGUAAGGAGUAUGAACAGCAGCUAAACAAGAAUAGACUCAAUUUCAAUCAGUGGUUAAGAUAUGCCAAGUGGGAAAUAAACCAUAAUCAUGACUAUGCCAGAGCACGAUCCAUAUUUGAAAGAGCUUUGGAUGUCAACGUACAGCACAUCCCCUUUUGGGUGCAAUAUAUUCAGUUUGAACUUUCCCAUAAGAAUGUUAAUCAUGCCCGAAACCUUUUGGACCGUGCAACUACUACACUACCAAGAAUCAACAAGCUCUGGUUCAUGUACGUUCAGACGGAGGAAACUUUGAGGAACUACUCGAUGGUCCGUUCUACAUUUGAACGGUGGUUGAAAUGGCAACCUGAUGAAUCUGUUUGGGAUUCCUAUAUUAAUUUUGAGAAGCGAUAUGAGGAGUUUGAAAAUGUGAGACAAAUCUUCCGUAGGUAUAUUUACUUGUUCCCCAAUGGCCUGACGUGGUUGAAAUGGAUUGAAUUUGAGCUCUACGAAGUUCAGACGUCUUCCAGACAAAUCCAGAAUAUUAGACUAGUGUUUGAGUCAUCAGUUGAUCAUUUACUUGGUCAAAAGUCCUCCAAAACAGAUUUAGCACUUUCGAUAAUAAUUACUAAAUGGUCUGAUUGGGAAAUCUCAGUCCAAGAAUUCGAGAGAGCUAGAAUGAUUUAUACUUUGUUAUUGGAAGACCCAAGGUGCAAAGGCAUCCUUCUGGAGGACCAACGAACUAAAAUUUCACAAUUGUUUACCGAUUUCGAGAAGAACCACGGAAAUAAAAAUACUAUUGAAUCAAGUGUUACCCUAAACCGACUCAACAAGUACCGAGCGAACUUGAAAGAAGACGCACAGGAUUAUGAUUCGUGGUGGGCAUACAUUAGCAUAUUAGAACAGCAAGGUGAUAUAAUUGCUGUGCGAGAGGCCUUUGAAAAUGCCAUUAAGAAUCUGCCUACGGACAAGAAUAAAUCACUAAAAUGGAGAAGAUAUAUUUAUUUGUGGAUCAAAUAUGCAUUAUGGGAGGAAAUCAGUUUGGGGCAAGUGGAAAAUGCCAGAAACAUAUGGGUUAACUGCCUAAAAUCAGUUCCACAUAAGCAGUUUACAUUCGGCAAGAUAUGGAUUAAGUACGCAGAAUUUGAACUAAGAAAUUCAAUUGAAGAUGGAUUGCCCCAAGCUCGUAAAGUCUUGGGACAGUCUAUAGGACAAUCAAGUAUUCAGGGCCCCAAGAAAAAGUUGUUCAAGUACUAUGUUGAAUUUGAGAAGAAAUUGGGAGAGUGGCUGAGGGUCAGGAAACUAUAUGAAAGAUGGUUGGAAUUGGCAUUGGCGAAUGAACAAGAGUUCAUUCCGAUUCUUGAAGAGUACAUUGAAUUUGAGAAAUCACUUAAUGAACAUAGCAGAUGUGUGUCAUUAUUUGAAUUGGGAUUGGGUCUCAUGGAUGGUGAAAGUAUCACUAUCAGUGUCAGCGACAACGAAAUUGAAAGGUUGUGGAUCUCAUUCAUUGAGUACUAUAAGGAGGAGAUGCAAUAUUCCGAAGCAAGGAGUCUAUAUGUCAGAUUAACCAAGAAAACCCCAGUGCCAAAAGUUUGGAUCUCCUAUGCACUUUUUGAGUCAUCGAUUCCUACCGAAGCCCAGCUUAAAAUAUUUCAGGAGAGUGACGAAGAAGAGUUUCUGUUUGAAGUCAAUGACGAGCACAGAACUAAUACCAGAAAGGUAUUCGAUCAGGCGCAAAAGUCGUUUCAAGACAACAAGGACUACCGUUUAGUUGUACUCGAAGCAUGGAAGAGCUACGAAAGCUUACAUGGAAGCGAGGAAUCACAACAGGUGGUGGAAAAGAAAAUGCCUGCUCUUGUACAAAGAAGAAGAAAGGUUGAUGGAGUGGAAGAGGAAUACACCGAUUACAUAUUCCCUGAAGAUGAGGAAAAGAAGCCCAAAGGUGCUGCAGUCAGCAAGUUCUUGGCUAACGCGAAGAAAUGGGCACAACAGCAAGCGUGA